AUGGAGGACGUGCCUGCCUCGCUCAGCUGCUCUGACUGUCAGCGCCACUUUCCUAGUCUUCCAGAACUGGUACGACACCGAGAGCUUCUCCAUCCAUUUCCCACCCAGGACACUGAGGACAUUGACUGCAUCCCCCGGCCUUACCGCUGUCAUCAGUGUGGGCGGGGCUACCGUCACCCAGGGAGCCUGAUCAACCACCGCCGGACCCACGAGACUGGCCUUUACCCUUGUACCACCUGUGGCAAAGACUUCACCAAUCCCAUGGCCUUCAAAAGCCACAUAAGGACUCAUACCCCUGAGGGCCGCCGCAAGAGGAGGCCUCCCCGCCCCAGGGAAGCCCCCCCAUUCUUCCAGGCUGAGAUGGUGUCCCCUGACUCAUGGGACCAGAAACUGGACCCUGAGGAAGGCUGGCAAAACCAGACAAAGCAUCCUGAAGAGACACCUGGCUGUGAGUCUGGGCCUGACCCCAGAGCAGCUCCAGGUACUUGGGAAGAUCCAUCCCCUAGACAAAGGGAAGGCUGGGAAAACCAGCCAGAUCCUGAGGAAGGUGCAAAGCACUGGGGAGCCACCACCAACUCUGCCAGAGCCCCACCUCUCCCCACCCCAGCCAGCAGCCUCCUUAGCAAUUUGGAACAGUAUUUGGCUGAAUCAGUUGUGAACUUCACAGGGGGCCAGGAGCCCACUCAGUCUCCUCCUGUGAAGGAGGAACGGCGGUACAAGUGCAGUCAGUGUGGCAAGACCUACAAGCACGCUGGAAGCCUCACUAACCACCGCCAGAGCCACACCCUGGGCAUCUACCCCUGUGCCAUCUGCUUCAAGGAGUUCUCUAACUUAAUGGCUUUGAAGAAUCACUCACGGCUCCAUGCCCAGUAUCGGCCUUACCGGUGUCCCCACUGCCCCCGUGCCUUCCGACUCCCCCGGGAGCUGCUGGAACACCAGCAAUCUCAUGAGGGUGAAAGCCAGGAGAGUUUGUGGGAAGGGAAGGGGAUGCCAACCACUAAUGGGCACAUAGGUGAGAGCAGUGGAAACCAGAUCCCUACUACACAGAUGCUGAACAGUUCUGGGGAACUGAGCACCUCUGGGGAGCUUGAGGACAGCGUUCUGGAAGAAUACCGGCCAUUCCGCUGUGAGGAAUGUGGGCGCACUUACCGCCACGCUGGAAGCCUCAUCAACCAUCGUAAGAGCCACCAGACAGGUGUCUACCCCUGCCCGGUCUGUUCCAAGCAUCUGUUCAACGCGGCUGCGCUCAAAAACCACGUGCGAGCUCAUCACAGACCCCGGCAGGGUCCUGGAGAGGGUGGUCAGUCACUGUCUGAUGGCACCUCCAAAGAUGAAGAAGGUGUGGACCAUCGCCCCUAUAAAUGCAAUGAGUGUGGGCGUGCCUACCGUCACCGGGGGAGCCUGGUGAACCACCGCCACACUCACAAGACAGGAGACUACCCGUGCUCACUUUGUCCCCGCAAGUACUCCAACCUCAUGGCCCUGCGCAACCAUGUGCGUGUACACUGUAAAGCUGCUCGUCGCAAUGCAGGCCCAGGGGCUGAGGGCCCCCCCAGCCACCUCAAGGUAGGAGCAGAGGCUGCCCCACCGGUAGUUCAGGGUAGUUGCAAACGUGAAGAGGAAGCCACUGAGAUCCCCCCAGCAGCAGAUGAGACCACACCACAGAUCUGUAGUGUCUGUGGAAUGCUCUUUGAAAACCCUGAGAGCCUUGAACGUCAUGGCCAGAUCCAUAGGGCAGGGAGAGGCGGAAACAACCAGGUGGAGAUCAAGAUCUUACCUCCUCGGGCAUUUGCCUGCCAAGACUGUGGCAAAAGCUAUCGCCACUCAGGCAGUCUUAUCAAUCACAGGCAGACCCACCAGACGGGGGACUUCAGUUGUGGGGCCUGUGCCAAGCACUUCCACACCAUGGCUGCAAUGAAGAACCAUCUGCGGCUCCACAGUCGGCGGCGAAGCAGGCGGCACCGGAGGCGGACUGGAAGUGCUGGUGUGGGUGGAGGUGCCAAACUCCUAUCCGCGGAGGACUGGGCCCAGGAGUCGGUGGAAGACAGCGAGAGCCCAGACUUUCCCCAAGACCUUUCAGGAGGAAGUCUUAGUGAGGCAGAAGACAACUUGGAAAGUGACGGGGACACGUGUGGGUUAGAGAGGGAUGAGGUUUGUUUCCAGGGCCAUAAAGAGAGCCGAGACGGCAAGAAAGGACUGGAAAGAAAGGAGAACUGUUUUCUUGACAACAUGGACGACUCAGGAGAUGAGGAAGACAGUGGGUCCCCCUUCUGCAGUGGCCUCAUUAGGGUGGUUGAAGAGCAGAAACCAGCCACCAACUUGGCCAAGUCCUCUACCCACUCUGCCGGAGUAGUCACUGGCUGGCAGGCUGAGGCCUCCCACACUUGUUCCGACUGUGGGCAUUCUUUUCCUCAUGCCACUGGUCUGCUGAGCCACCGGCCCUGCCAUCCACCAGGCAUCUAUCAGUGCUCCCUCUGCCCCAAGGAGUUCGACUCGCUGCCCGCCCUACGCAACCACUUUCGGAACCACGGACCAGGGGAGGUGAGCGCAGCACAGCCUUUCCUUUGCUGUCUCUGUGGCAUGAUCUUCCCCGGGCGGGCUGGCUACCGACUUCAUCGGCGUCAGGCUCACAGCACCUCUGGCAUGACUGAGGGAUCCGAGGAGGAAGAAGGAGAGGAGGAAGGAGCAGCAGAGGCAGCUUCCACCCAGAGCCCUCCACUGCAGCUAUCUGAAGCUGAGCUGCUGAAUCAGUUGCAGCGAGAGGUGGAGGCACUGGAUGGAGCAGGUUAUGGGCACAUCUGUGGCUGCUGUGGUCAGACCUAUGACGACCUGGGGAGCCUGGAGCGCCACCACCGAAGUCUGGCUGGUGGCUUGGGAAACGCCAUGGACAAGGCACCCAGCCACUUGGGAGAGUCAGGUAAUGGCACAGAGAUGGUUACAGAUGGUGUCUAUGAGGGCACAGUGACCUCAGUUUCUGGGGAGGGUGCAGACAUGAAGUCUGGUGAGGGAAUAGGUGCUGCAGUAGCAGACAGCAUUUGCAUGCAGGGUGGUGAAAGUUUCCUGGAGGUCCAGCCCCGCCCCUUCCGCUGCAACCAGUGCGGCAAGACCUAUCGUCAUGGGGGCAGCCUGGUGAACCACCGCAAAAUCCACCAGACUGGAGACUUUACCUGUCCUGUCUGCUCCCGUUGCUACCCCAACCUGGCUGCCUACCGUAAUCAUCUACGAAACCAUCCCCGCUGCAAAGGUGCUGAGCCCCAGGUUGGGCCCAUCCCAGAGAUGGAAGGCAGCUGUGAGCCUCUAAACAUGGCAGAAGAGGGCCUGGGGCAGACCAAAGUGGAGAGGCCUCAGGAAGAACUCAAAGUGGAGCCCCCAGAGGAAGUGGCAAGGGUGAAAGAAGAGGCAUGGGAGGAGACCACUGUGAAGGGGGAGGAGAUGGAGCCGAGGCUGGAGACUGCAGAGAAGGGCUGCCAGACUGAAGGCAGCUCUGAGCGGCCCUUCAGCUGCGAGGUGUGCGGCAGGUCUUACAAGCACGCAGGCAGCCUCAUCAAUCACCGGCAGAGCCAUCAGACAGGCCACUUUGGCUGUCAAGCUUGCUCCAAGGGCUUCUCCAACCUCAUGUCCCUCAAGAACCAUCGUCGCAUCCACGCGGAUCCCCGGCGUUUCCGCUGCGGUGAGUGCGGGAAGCCCUUCCGCCUGCGGAAACAGCUGGCCACCCACCAGCCAGUCCAUGUUGAGCGGCAUGGGGGUGGGGGCUCCAGAAAGCUGACUCAGGAAGAUCUGCCCUUCCGGUGUGGGCAGACCUACCACCAUGCCGGGAGCCUCCUGAAUCACCUGUGCAGCCAUAGGACAGGCCAGUACAGCUACCCCACCUGCCCUAAGAUCUGUUCUAAGCGCAUGGCCCUGAAGGACCCCUAGAGGCUUCACCACCUGCGGGAGCAUGAGGAGGAUACCAAGAGGGGGCUGGCCAGUGGCCAUGGAGGCCCAUAUGGCCAAGGGGGCACCAUGAGGCCAGGUGAGCAUAGUCAUGGCCCCAUUGGGGCGGCAGCUUCAGAAGCCCCAGAACCACAGUCUCGGGGGAAUUUGGACAAGGCAGAGUCAGGGGACAAUGUCCCCAGGAACCCCUGCCACCUUGGCAACAGCCAGCUUUGUGGACUUCAUGUGAGUCCCGGGGAUAGCUAGGACAAUAGAGAUGACAGCUCUCAGCUUCAGCCAGAGAGUCACCCCUUUUCUUGCUGCCAGUCUGGCAAGACAGACUGCUACUGCUGUCUGCUCUGCUCCAAGGAAUUCUUGAAACCUGUGGUCACCAAGAGCCACACACACAUAGCUGCUCAGCCCUCUAUUGGCUCUGAUUGUGGCCAGGCCUUCCAUUCCCACCCUGAGCUAACUAGCCAUUUGCCAAGUCAGGUGCCACACCAGACAGAGGAGACCAGGGACCCCAAAGCUGGGACUGCAGAGGACCAGUUAGGUCUCCCUGUUCCAAGCAAGAGAGUCCAGGAGACCCCACCAGAAUACUCCAGGGCUCCAGAAAAGGAUGCUGGGAGAGUUAGUAGAGAGCAAGGAAUAAAGUCCACAGUGGCUGAAGAUGAGGAGCGGCCCUUCCGCUGUGCCCAGUGUGGGCGUCCUACUGCCAUGCAGGGUAGCCUGCUGAACCACCAGAAGGCCCACACCACUGGACUCUAUCCCUGCUCCCUCUGCCCCAAGCUUCUACCUAAGCCCUCCCUCAAGAACCAUGGCAGGACCCACACGGACCCCAAGCGCCACCACUGCAACAUCUGUGGCAAGGCUUUCCGGACAGCUGCCCGGCUGAAGGGCCAUGGGCAGGUCCAGGCAUCCUGGGAGGGGCCCUUCACCUGCCCCCAUUGUCCCUGCCACUUCUGCAGUCAAAUCAGCUUUUUGCAGCACCAGCAGCGCCAGGAGGGAUGGACAAUGGACAGCUCUGGGUCUUCAGCAGCACCAGCGGCGGGCAGAGGGGACUCAUCACUGCCCGGUCCACCUACCCCAACUCCUCUCCUGGACCCUUCACCCCAGUGGCCUGCAGACCUCAGCUUCUCCCUCUGA